GAACCCUUAACAUGGAGAGGACACUCGACGAGGAGCGCGGAUGCGUCGGCGGCGAAUCGCCCGUACAAGAUCUCAUGCGCGAUGUACAGGCGCAAGUUGAGAUCCUCGAUUCCGAGCAUGAUCGCGCAUCUGCUGUAAACGCCAUCCACGUACUGUCAGAGCUCGCGAAGAACGAGGAUAUGGUGAAUUUAAUAGUUGAUUGUAAGGCGGUUCCUGUACUGGUAAAGCAUCUUCAGACUCCCCCUCUGCUGUUGAGGGACGGGGAAGGUGGUUCUAGGUCAUAUGAGUAUGAAGUGGAGAAAAGAAGUGCUUUCACUCUGGGACUCCUAGCCAUUAAACCAGAGCAUCAACAACUAAUUGUUGAUGCGGGAGCCCUACCCCAUCUCGUGGAUCUCUUGAAGAGGCAUAGUGAUGCUCCAAACUCUGGGGUGGUAAAUGGUGUCAUCCGGAGAGCGGCUGAUGCAAUCACUAACCUUGCUCACGAGAAUAGCAGCAUUAAAAUCCGUGUUAGGAUUGAAGGUGGCAUCCCUCCUAUUGUCGAAUUGCUUAAGUUUGCUGACUCAAAGGUGCAGAGAGCAGCCGCAGGAGCCCUUCGUACUCUUGCCUUUAAGAAUGACGAGAACAAGAAUCAGAUUUUGGAAUGCAAUGCUCUACCUACACUUAUUCUAAUGCUGCGGUCUGAUGACACUGCUAUACAUUACGAAGCGGUUGGCGUAAUUGGUAACCUGGUCCACUCUUCCCCAAAUAUUAAGAAGGAAGUUCUGGUUGCUGGAGCCUUGCAGCCUGUCAUUGGUUUACUUCGCUCCUGCUGUUCAGAGAGUCAAAGAGAAGCUGCUCUCCUUCUUGGGCAAUUUGCGGCAACAGAUUCAGACUGUAAGGUCCACAUUGUUCAGAGAGGUGCUGUCCCUCCACUCAUAGAAAUGCUCCAGUCCCCAGAUGCUGAGUUGAUGGAAAUGUCAGCAUUUGCCCUAGGGAGGUUAGCUCAGGCUGGUCCUCAUAAUCAAGCUGUUAUUGCCCAAAGUGGUGGAAUAACACCAUUACUGAAGCUUCUUGAGUCAAAAAAUGGCUCUUUGCAACAUAAUGCUGCUUUUGCUCUUUUUGGCCUUGCAGAUAAUGAGGAUAAUGUUGCAGAUUUUAUUAGUGUGGGGGGUGUUCAGAAACUUCAAGAUGGUGAAUUUAUUUUUCAAGUUACUAGAGAUUGUGUAGCCAAGACACUGAAAAGACUUGGAACGAAGAUUCAUGGGCAGGUUUUGAGUCAUACUUGAUGCGUGCGGGAGAAGAAGAUGAUCAGAGACGCGUGGCUCUUGCUCUUGCUCAUCUUUGUCCUCCGCAUAACAAUGCUGCAAGGUUUGCAAAUCUAUAUGAUGAUAGUGACGUGACAUGAUGCAGUUGGGCCGACGAUGAGACAAGACGACAAGCUAGUAUGCAGGGGGAAUUUAAGGGUGGUUAGCUUCACAAUCACAAACUAGUAUAUUGCCACAUUAGAACAUACUAUUUCAUUAGGAAAUGUUAUGCUAACCUAUAAUCAAAUUUUGAACUACGUACAUUCACUUAAAUGAAAAGUUAGUUUAUUCCACAUA